UUUGAAACACAGCUUGUAGGUUAUAAUUUUGACAAGCUUGUCAGUUUUUAGGUUAAUUUAAGAAUUUGUAAAAUAAAAGCAACAUGUUUACGCUGAGAGUCUUAUUUCGGCACAUGAAUUGUGUAACAAUGAAUAGGAAUUGUGUAACUUCCUCACAAAAUUUGCAAAGUUACAUUCGACAAAUGUCACCCCUUUCCACGUUUUCUCAAGACAGAAUCAACAAAGAACACUCACCUGCCCUGACUUUUGUACGAAAUUACGCAAAAGGCAAAGAUAGAAAGAAGGAAAAAGGUAAAGCCAAAGUACAAGUUAAUGAGAGCCAAUUAUCUGAAAUAGUCAAUGUGGAAUCUCUAAAAACUCAAAUGCAAAAAGCUGUUGAUUUGUUAAAGGACGAUUAUAUGAAACAUCUUUCAGUAAGAACAACCACAGGUUCAGUUGAAAGCAUACCCGUUGAACUUGAUGGUAAAACACAUACAUUACAAGAACUCGCUCAAAUUGUCAGGAAGAACCCUAAAACUUUAGUUGUAAAUAUGUCAGUCUUCCCUCAAGCUAUCCCUGCUGCCUUAAAAGCAAUAGAAAGAUCUGGAAUGAAUUUGAAUCCACAACAAGAUGGAACAACUCUUUUUAUUCCCAUACCUAAGGUAACAACAGAACAUAGGGAAAAUUUGGCAAAAAGUGCUAAAACUUUGUUUAUUAAAUGUCGCGAUGGGAUCAGAGAUGUACAGAAUAAACAAGUCAAGUCUCUUAAGAAAAAAGACAAAAUAGCGGAUGACAUGGCCAGAAAUUCCGAGCAACAAAUUAUUGCGAUUGCUGAUGGUUUUAUUGCAGAAGCUGAGAAAAUACUGGAAAGUAAGCAGAAAGAAUUGAUCGGAAAAAAUUAAUUGUUAUGUAUACUUAGGAUGAAAUAAAUAAAACGAUUGAAAAAUUA